AUGGGAAGCAGUGAUCAGGGUAGAGGAGAGGAGACGGAGGUUGGAGAUGUAGAAAGCAGUGGAAAUAGAGAUGGCCUUAUAUAUGAGGGUGAGGAGUUUGAAGAGGAUUCUGUAGGGGAAUAUGAGUCAGUGCAGAUUUUGUCGAAGAGGUGUGGCAGAAGUGAAGCAGCGGGAGAGGAAGAUAAGCCUAGCUGUGGAGCACAAUGUGACUAUAGUUAUUCAGAGUCCAACAAACCUGUCCAGAUCUCAGUUACUGAAAACGCAGACUGCUCCUGGGACAUACUGAGGCCAGCCAACGAGACCACCAGAGUCGUCUUCUCCCUUCUUGAGCUAAACCCAGCGGCACACUGCUCGCAGGAAAACAUUACUGUGCUGGAUGAGAAUCUUAGGGUGCUGGGAGUGCUAUGCCCAGGGUCUCCUAAGAUUUCUGUGUUUGAAUCUCCAGGCGAGGUGUACAUCAGGGCUUAUACUGACUCCCAGGCCUUUCAGAGACGGGCUUAUUUCCUGUAUUACUCCGUUACUCCACAAAAUGAUAUUCAAUGCGGUGCAAAUCUCCGUGGUUAUUCAGGAACCAUCUCUUCCCCCAAUUAUCCCGGCAGGCACGAACCCUUUACAUUAUGUGUCUGGAAUCUGGAAGUACCAAAGAACACAAAAGUGAAACUGUCAUUCAGUGAAAUCUUCAUUGAACCAGACGCUGCCUGUCGAUUUGACUUUAUUGCUGUGUAUGAUGGUCCAGACACAGACUCACCUAUCCUGGAUGUGCUAUGCGGUCGUAUACAAAAAGAAUUGCAAACCAGCUCCAAUUAUUUAACAUUGUUGUUCAGCGCCGAUUAUGCCAACUCAUAUUUUGGUUUCUCUGCUACCUAUACGGCAUUGCCACAGAACGACAACAGCGCCUUGUCUUGUUCUGGAGAGUCAAUGACUGUUAUCCUCACUCCAGAUUAUAUCAAUUCAUUGGGAUAUAAUGCAAAUGAAUUGACACUAAUUGAUAAAUCCUGUGUUCCUAAGUCAGUGGAUCCUAUUGUAUUUGAGGUGCCAUACCGUGGGUGUGAUACAAUUAAAAAGGUGGAGGACCACACUAUUUACUAUACGAAUACCAUCUAUGCCACACAAAGUGAAGGCGUGAUCACCAGACGAAAGGAGGUGCAGUUCAUUGUGACCUGUGAACUGGACAGUAACUCCACAGUGGAGAUCAUGUAUGUGACCGAGGAUGAUAUCAUCCAGUCUAAGCAGGAAUCUGGGAAAUAUGAUGUCAGCCUGGCCUUCUACGACAACAACAGCCCAACAAAGGAUUUAAUCACUUCAGAGCCAGGUUCUCCGUACUUCAUUGAACUCAACGACACCGCUUUCCUCCAAGCCACAGUGGAGUCUCAGGAUUCUGACCUUACAGUGUUUGUAGAUACCUGCUUCGCAUCCCCAGAAGCAAAUUUUCAUUCUCCAACUUAUGAUCUUAUCAGACGCGGAUGCAAAAAGGAUGACACCUAUGAAAACCUCGGCUCUGGCAGUCGUUACGCUAGAUUCAGUUUCAGUGCCUUCAAGUUCCUGAAUGCGCACACCUCUGUAUACCUGCAGUGUCAGGUGGUGGUGUGUGACAGCCUGGACAACGAGUCCCGCUGUAAUCAGGGAUGUGUCACCCGUCAGCGCAGAGACCUGGGCUCCACUGUCUGGAAAUCAAAUGCUGUGUUCGGACCUAUCCGUCUGAAGCGUCACAGUGAAUCUGAUGCUGCAGGAUCAGUCGGUGAGAAGAGAGACGCUGUCAAGACAGAUCAAAGCAGCGUGUAUUUUGUGGGCAUUCCCGUACUGGUGGUCAAUGUCCUCAUCAUAGCAUUGGUGCUGAUGAAGUAUUAUAGAAAGGAGCCCACUGGAUACAGGUACCACCCAGUGCCCAUGCAGUAAGCUGCGGCUCUAUAUACUGUCGCGUUUCAAAUAACCAUAAGAGCACGAAGCUUCUUUCUCAACAAACUGGGCCUCACACAUCUUUUAGAUUACCUAACAGGACAGGAAUAAAGUAACAAUAUUGAUGAUUAUCAUGGCU